UAAUGGGGGAGAUUGCAGAGCGUGCGGUCGUAUGACUGGUAGAGAACGCUCUUUCUUGCAUAUCAUUAUCAACGCAUUUCGUUUGUUUCAUAUCAAUGGGGAGAACAAACCUAGGCGAUGAAGAAAAGAGUCAAUGAUGAGGCUAAAGUACACUGGCGACAACAUUCCAACAGGGUUUUUAUUGCGUGAGGAAUAUAAGGGUCAAAUGUCAAGUUUUCUGCAAAUAUUGCUCACAGAUUCAAUAUCAGCGAGUCAAUAAAAACUAACGGGAUCAAAUCCUCCCCACAAUUAUGGCAGUCACAUUCAGUCUAGGUCGGCCACUUCAUAUCACCUUCCAACGGUGGUUUCCAUGCUUAAUUCUUUGUUUAUCUAGAACUAUCAGGACAAAGCUAGAUCACAGCAUAUGUCUAAGUUUAUUUAAUAAAUCACAUGUUUCCUAACCAAAAUAGUCGAAUAGUAUUCGGGCAUAGAAAACAAAUCUAGACAUCUUAUUUUAAACAAUGAUUUGUUUUCUACUCUGUUCAUUGCAACUUUAUAAUCUGACUAAAGACAUUGAAAUAAGAAUGCGAUCAUUGUCACCACUUUAAAUAGAUAUGUUUGGACAUAUCCGCAUGCGUGUAAUUUCAAAGCCCCCUUUAAUGACCAUACAAGCUAAUGCAUUCAGUGAGUGCACGCCUCAUUCGGUGAGAGAUGUAUACUACUUUUAAUAAAGCAUGAAUCAGAGUUUCUACGUAACAUGGAUUAAAUGAGAUCUCUCGAACGAAAACCAACUCUUCUGUAAUAAACAUUUAAUUAGGAAUUUUUGGAGCAAUAGCGCACCCGCAUUGUACAAUUAGUCCAAGUUUGGCUGCUUGUUAUAUUGCCUACAAUACCACACCGUUGGUUCAAUCGACGCUCGCUCAGCUCUCCCGAUCAUUUGUCAUUGAGACUACGAUUUGAACGGACGCAUUCUCGCUGUCACGCUACCUGUGUCAUUUAUAACUAUGUGGACACAACUCUGGAACUAACAUGAGACUCUUACAAGGAUUAAACAAGCCUGGAUUUAGCAUGGCAAAUAUUCGAUGUUUUGUGCACUUUUGUUUCACAUUUGUUUCAGUGUUUGAUGUUAGCUACUGUACAAUACCUGCUGAAAAGACAAUGACAUGGGGUGUUAUGUUACCUAAUUAUUACUUAGCAACUGAAGCUCAUAAUGAUAAACCAUGGUUACCUUCAGGUCGUCACUAUCCUUAUCACCUGCAAAUGGUGAUUCCUGCUUUGAGAAUAGCACUAGAGAAGAUAGAAGCAGCAGAUUAUCUACAUGGCUGGAAUGUAACAUUGCAAGUAGAAGACAGUCAUUGUUUUUCUGGAACUACUCAGUUCUUAGCAGCUGAUAUGAAGGUAGAAUCUAAAGUAUAUGCUUAUAUCGGACCAGUUUGCGAGUAUGCCCUGCUUCCAGUACAUAGGUUUGCUCAACGAUGGAAUAUACCCCUCAUUACAGUGGGAGCACAAUCAGUCAAUUACCAACACUCCAAAAUCAUAACCAAGUUUAUGCCUCCUCAUUCACAUGUUGGAAGAAUAAUUCUUGAAGUUUGGAAUACAUUCGAGUGGCAGAGAGGGAUAUUUCUCUAUCAUUUCAAUGAUAGGGGCAUGCAGGACCCCUUGUUCAUGGCUGGGGCAAGUUAUCAAUAUCUCAAAAAUGCUGGGCUGAAUUUUACACACGAGCGUUUUGAUGAAUUCUCUCAAGUUGACUAUGUAGAACUCCUUGAGAGAGCGGUAAUACCACAAACAUCAGGUAAGUACCACAUUCAGGUUAGGGAAUAACAACAUAUAUAUAUUUACAUACAGAAUUACAACAUAUUGUGUUUACUACUUGAUCAUUCGUUUUUAUUUUAUGAACUUUUGUAGACGUACGAUAUUUAUCUGAGUGAUUUCUGGUGGCAUCGCCAGUAGGGACAUUGUUUACACAAGUUUAAUUACCAAUUAUCACGAUUAACGUAAGCUGCCAUAUAACCUGCGACUAAAUUACACUGAGCUGUCAGAUAACGGUCGUUUGUUUUUCUCUGUUCUGCAUAUCUAGCAUACUACCGAUUAGGUACAGUCAUACAUUGCCGUGACUUACGACCUUCCAUUGGACUCUUAUUUGAUUAAAUAGACUUAAAGUGAUCCCCCAUUGAAUAAUGACCGAUACUAAUAGCUAUAUCACCAUUUUGUUGGAGCAUAAGUAAUGAUUUGAAAGGCCAGUGUCAACUUUCUAAACCGAUCGAACCGAACCGCAUUGUCAUAGAGAGGCAAUAUUUGGAGUGCGGCUAAAGGAGAUCAUUAAAAUAGUAUUAUUUUUAUUAAAAAUCGUUAAAAAAAAAUCAAAUGCACAUUAGUUGCCGGAGAAAAAAAACCAUGACUUGACAUUGGGAGCAGCAUAGUCUGUUAUUUUGUCAAUAUAAACAUGCCAAGUUUCCGAUUACUUUUCAUUUGAUAUUUCCCAUAUUCUCUAUUGCUGUAAGAAAGAAUGAAAUGUGAUAUGGACAAGAUACAUACGUUGACGCCACCAUGAAAGUACGGACAUGCACAUGCAUGGGGAUCAAUGCCAGGACAAUCGAAUUCGACUUCUAACUAUUAAAGAACAUGGAAGAAAUAUAUGCCGAAUCAUGAAUGGCAUUUUGUUAAGUGAGACAGAGAAAUACUGGGAUACUUUGGAAGAUUUUGUUGAACCAUAAUUUUCAGAAAUUGGAGUAUUCAUUACAGAGUGUCCAUCCUUUCCUUGACUCUCACGUUACCCUUUUUAUGCAUAAUUCUGAAUACGACGCGAAACCUCCAUGCGGACGACAUGUAAGAUAGAUGGGUAGUAUUGACUUAAAAUAAGAAAUAAUGUGCGUGUGAAGGUUAGAGAUAGGAGUAUAGUGAAGUAAUAAUGCUAGGAAGAAAAGAAAAUGUUGAUGGUAGUAAUUGUCAAAGCGGCAUGGUACUUCAGCAGUCUAGUCUGAGGAUUACAACGAAGGUCAUCGUAUACCUUUAUACUACAUAAUACCGACUCCACUAUUCUACUCACGACAAUCAAUAAUACUACAAUAAAAUUCAAGAUUCACAUAUUCACCACUGCUUUGAGUAAUUGGAAAAGGUGUUAAGAAAACAAAAAUCAUUAGGGUGUAUCCAUGGCAUGAAGGAUAAAGCUUAAGGAACCCUACCACUUUUCCCUAAAGUCAUGCUUCGAUGCUAUUUUACGGUUAGUGCUAAGCUUAUUUUUAUAGUACAUACAAUGAAUCUGUUUCAUUUUUUGACGCUCUGGACUAUACAAUCAUCAGCAAUUUAGACAGAAGAAUAGAAAAGGUCGUCCUUCGCCGAUCAUAUGAGGCGUAACACGACUGAGAGGGCGACACGACAUUUGCUCCUGCGACAAUUGCUCCAGGCUUUAUUUCGUCUAACAUGUAUGGUUAGGGUAGGGUUGCAAUAUGGUUUUAUUUUAGGUUAAAGGUUAGGUUUAUGAUAUAGUGUUCUAUCCAGGGUUGAAGUUGACAUUCACAGCGGAGCAAUUGUCGUCGGAGCAAAUG